UCUGUUUGUCGGACGAAGCGACUGACCUGUAAGUACACUAGUGCGUCUUUAUUCAUUUUUGUUACAGUAUCCUGAACAGAGACUCCUAAUCUCCAUGUGCUUGUGCAUGUUUUUCCACAUUGAUGUUUGUUUGACUCUGGCGGCUCUCAACUCAAAUGAUGGCGGUUAGACGUAUUACUGUGUAAAUACAGUAGGCGUAACCACCACGUGAAGGGAUUUUCAAUGGUGUCAAAUUCAUGAGUGUUCCUCAGCUGCCUUACACACACUAUACACGUCUUAGCACCUGUGGUGUCCAUGUGCACCAGCCGAGGGUUUAGCACUGUAUAGUGCUUCUCUAUUCAUUUAGAUAGUUGUGAGAACUAGGAUGUAAAAUUAGUGCUAAUGUCUUACAAGUAUAUUGGUGUGAAUAUGAAAGUCAUGAUUUGCUGGUUAUAACAUGAGUUGUACCAAAUCUACAUAGGUAGUAAAUCAGUACAUUUCAUCGACUGAUACCACAGCAUAUCCUGAUUUGAUACAUUCCUGAUUUGAUACAUUAAUACUAUGCGUCUUGAGAAAUACCCCUAAUUUGUGGAAAUGAGAAUUUCUGUAAUAGAAUGUCAAAUGGUUGUGAUGAAAUUGUUUGACUCUUCUGUUGAUUUGUGUUUUUGAAGUCUUGUUUUUUUGUUGCAGAGUUUUAUGAUUUUUGUCAUCUGCUUUGGAGGGGUUAUGUUUCUUAAUGGCAAGUGGCUUCGUAUUGUUUAUGGAUAGUUUGUGUACUGUGUCUUGUAUAGGGUUCUUGGGAUGCUGUGGUACGCUUAACGAAAAUAAAUGUAUUCUCAAAAUGUUUUGUUGUCUUACCAUCCUUCUCAUAUUGGGAGAAAUUGGAUUAUCUCUUGUGGUGUGGCUUUUGCAAGAUGAUAUUGAGUCAUACAAACAGAAGAUGUGGAGAGGUUUUGGUGACCCUAUUCGGAUAUAUCUGCAAACGGAGCUGGAUUGCUGUGCCUAUCUUCACAGUAAUGUUCAAAUAGAACAUGAGCGAAAGUUCAAGUCUUUUCAGCAUGGAUCUUGUUACCGGGACAACUUAGUCAGAUCUAAUGACUUAGCCCUCAAUGUUUCUUUGUCUGACAUCAUCAAGCCUGCGUGUCAAGAGGCAAUUACGCGGUGGUUGACAGACCAUAGGGCGGUGCUCAGUGUGGCUGGUUCACUGUUUAUCUGUUUACAGAUUGUGGCUAUUAUGUAUGUCUGUUUUUUCCUUUGUUCGGAUGAUUCUAGUUCAUUGAACUCUGCUGAUCAACCGCUUCCACAAAGAAAGAAGCACCCUAACUUUGGCUUGGUGAACAACAGGGUUGUACCUCUUGAGCUUGAGGAUUUUGAUGAUUCUGGUCAUAGAUACAACUUACACCAAACAACUGACGAACAGCUCGCACUGCAGCGGCGACCUGUACCACGUAGUGAAAGCUAGUAGUACGCUAUCAAUGGAUAUUUUGACGAACGUAGAGGAUACAAUUACACUACUGUAGCAAAUAAACUCCAGGGACAUGUUUUAGUGUACAAUUUUUGAAGAUUGUAACUAGGCGAUAUGGUGCAGUAAUGGCAGUUGCGUUAUAGCAGAGACCCUGAGAGGAAUCCCCAAGGGAAAACCAAAGGCAACUUGCCAUUGGAUGAUGAGUUGACUGACGUGCAUUUGGCGGGCGCAGCUAGACGUGUGUGAUCAGAGAAAUUUAGUGGACAAGUGUGAGUUCCCAGCUUAACUGCUGCUGCUAGACAACAGAGUCUAGACAUCCCUUAGGUUGGCGUACUAUGUUUGUGUUGAUAUACGGAAGUCUUUUUCUUGAUUAUUUGAAAUCUGUGUUUCAUGAAUGAAUUCAUAAUAGCGGUUGUGCUGCAUUAACAUAAAUCAAUGAAGUAUGUACUUGCUGUUAGAAUGAUAUUGCCAUAGAAUGUAAUUUCUGACGCUGCUGUACCUGGUUUUAAUGAAUUUCUACGCUGUGCACAUGAUUAGAUUGAUCUAGAGAA